UAGCUAAUAAGUAGAAAACCUGCUGUGUAAUACUAGCAGACUUUUAGUGUAACGUUAACGUUGACAACGACUGUGAACUGAAGGGGGAUCAACAAUGCCUGACUAUUUGGGAGAUGACCAGCGUAAACUGAGAGAGGAGGAAAAGGAGGACAAACCUAUCAGAGCUUUGGAUGAAGGAGACAUUGCGCUGUUGAAAACAUAUGGCCAAAGCACGUACUCCAGACAGAUCAAGCAGGUGGAGGAUGACAUCCAAAAUCUCCUGAAGAAGAUCAAUGAGCUCACAGGCAUUAAGGAAUCUGACACAGGGUUGGCUCCUCCUGCGCUCUGGGAUCUGGCUGCAGAUAAACAAACCUUGCAGAGCGAGCAGCCACUACAGGUCGCAAGAUGCACCAAGAUCAUCAAUGCCGACUCCGAGGACCCCAAGUACAUCAUCAAUGUGAAGCAGUUCGCCAAGUUUGUGGUGGACCUGAGCGACCAGGUAGCUCCCACCGACAUCGAGGAGGGAAUGAGAGUGGGGGUUGACAGGAACAAGUACCAGAUUCACAUUCCUCUUCCACCUAAAAUCGACCCCACGGUCACCAUGAUGCAGGUGGAGGAGAAGCCAGAUGUGACUUACAGUGAUGUGGGUGGCUGUAAGGAGCAAAUUGAGAAACUGAGGGAGGUGGUGGAGACUCCUCUGCUGCACCCGGAGCGCUUUGUGAACCUGGGCAUCGAGCCUCCUAAGGGCGUGCUGCUGUUCGGACCGCCGGGCACAGGGAAGACGCUGUGUGCUCGCGCUGUGGCCAACCGCACGGACGCCUGCUUUAUCCGCGUCAUCGGCUCCGAGCUCGUCCAGAAGUACGUCGGAGAGGGUGCCAGGAUGGUAAGAGAGCUGUUUGAGAUGGCCCGGACUAAGAAAGCCUGUCUAAUCUUCUUUGAUGAAAUCGAUGCCAUUGGAGGGGCCCGUUUUGACGACGGUGCCGGAGGCGACAACGAGGUGCAGCGGACUAUGCUGGAGCUGAUCAACCAGCUGGACGGGUUCGACCCGCGCGGGAACAUCAAGGUUCUGAUGGCCACCAACCGGCCCGACACCCUGGACCCUGCCCUCAUGAGGCCCGGCCGACUCGACCGCAAGAUCGAGUUCAGUCUGCCCGACCUGGAGGGCCGGACGCACAUCUUCAAGAUCCACGCGCGCUCAAUGAGUGUGGAGAGGGACAUCCGCUUCGAGCUGCUCGCACGCCUCUGCCCCAACAGCACCGGUGCGGAGAUUCGCAGUGUGUGCACAGAGGCGGGCAUGUUUGCCAUCCGAGCGCGUCGGAAGAUCGCCACGGAGAAGGACUUCCUGGAGGCGGUAAACAAGGUCAUCAAGUCCUACGCCAAGUUCAGCGCUACGCCCCGCUACAUGACCUACAACUAACCGCACACACACACCAUCUCGCCCAGCACGUCUGCAUGUGUGUGUGUGUGUGUGUCCCUCCUUUUAAGGUGUAUUUCACGACUGUAACGUUUCUUAAAAGAUUGCAUAAAACAAUAAACAUAUUACUUCCCAAA